GACAGCCGUGUUAUGCCUAACGAAUGAGGAAAGCACGAAUAUGUGUAAUAAUCAUGGCUACGGAAAAGUUCAUGAACCGACAUGGAAGAAUUAUCGUUUUAGUGACUCAUUGCUUUUUACGACCUCAAUGAUUUGUUUGUCGAGUUUAAGGAAGUGGUGCACGACGGAAAACAUAGCAUUUUUGCACUUAUCUGCGAAGUAUGCAUUUUCAAAAAGAAUUUGCUGUACUAUGUGAUAAACAAGAGCAACAAACAUUUUGAACACAAUGCAUCAAGUGAUAUAAACGGUCGAUGAGCUUCUUUAUGAAGGCUUUGUCGCCUAGUAUUCAUUCUUAUAACAAGGCUUUGUCAUUUUUAAGGUCUAGUUCAAAGUACUCAGCACUGUCACGCUCAAGUGAAUUCACUCGCAUACAUAAAAGGAGGAGUAACAUCUGUUCACUAACCUGAACGGGGUCUCGUGUUGAAAUGCAAAAAGUCAUUCUGAAAUAUUUGAAAAUAUCUUGCAGUUUGUUGUUUUCAUUUCAGCUUUCCAGUUUUAAUUGGUGGUGAACCCAGAACCUCAAUAUAAUGACGACAGAGAAACGAUUCUCGCAAAUUGCUCAUAAUUAUCCAUCAUUCCAAGAGAUCAAUCCGGUGAAACUGAACGCAUACAAAUGGAUGCAAAGUAGGCAACAAGAUGAUAAUGCUGAGGGAUUGUGGCGGGUACAUGAUACUCUGUAUGACCUGACCGAAUUUAUUAAUUGGCAUCCCGGUGGCGCCGACUGGAUCAAGCUGACAAAAGGGACGGACAUAACAGAAGCAUUUGAGGUACACCACAUCAACUAUGCCAAAGCCGAACAUUUGUUACAAGAUUAUCGUGUUCGUGAUGCCAAACUUCCAAGAAACUUCAAAUUCACUUUCAAAGAAACUGGUUUUUAUCGGACACUAAGACGUCGCGUUGCUAAAAAGCUGAAAACAUUGAAUGUUAAACAAGCCGAAUUGAUGACGAAAGUUAUCAUUGACGUGCUGUUGGCUGUAACUUUUUUAACAUCGAUACUCAGCGCCAAAUUUGACAACAGAUACAUAAUGGCACUCUCUGCCCUUUGCAUGUGCUACACGGUCAUUUCUGCGCACAAUUUCUUCCAUCGGCGGGAUAAUUUCCGAAUGUUCUACUUUAACUUGUCGUUUUACAACUACCGAGAAUGGCGUAUCAGUCAUGCAAUGUCGCACCAUUUGUAUCCAAACUCGAUACACGAUCUGGAGGUUACACUGUUCGAACCGGUUUUAUGUUGGAUACCAAGCCAAGUGAAGACGCUCGGACAACGUUUUGCUUCGUGGAUUUAUUCACCAAUCAUCUACAUGUUCAUUAUGCUCGAUCAACUCGUGAAACGUAUAGUUUUUUCAUUCACAACCAAAACGAAUUUAUUCCAAAUCAAUGAUUUGGUGCCCUUGGCCGUACCGCUUGCGAUGCUCAUUUUCGGCAACCCAAAUCCAUUCACCGUUUUCAAAAUGUGGUUACAAAUUAUCUUGGCUAAUAGCUUUAUCUUUCAUCUGAUCGGAUUGAAUGCCGGACACCAUCACCCUGAUUUGGUACACGAUGGCGAUAAAAUUCGAGAGGAUUUGGACUGGGGAAUCUACUCAAUGGACACAAUAAUGGAUAACUCAGAUCUGAGAAAGCAUCAUUUCCUUGCUUUAACCCAUUUCGGUCACCAUGCACUUCAUCAUCUCUUCCCCACUGUCGAUCAUGGCAUUCUAUCCAGUUUGUAUCCAGUCUUGUUUGAAACAAUGGACGAAUUUGAAGUCGAACUCGAAGCUUAUCCAUGGUAUCACCAUGUAUACGGCCAAUUACGACAACUAGCACGGAAUACUCCCAAAACAUUCGAUUCAUUGGAAAAAUUGCGGCGCAAACAAAUCCAGAAAAAAAUCGAUUAGUUGUGCAAAAUGUAUUGAUAGAUAGUUUACAUUUUGAAAAAGGUGACAACGUGAUAUUUUUGUAUAUUUCUGUUUUGAUUAAUUGACAUUUCUGUAGAAAUCAUGUCACUGUAAAUAAAGAUAAUAAUCAAAAAAUA